UGCAGUCGCCAUUUAGGCAGCGGCACCAGCAGAGGCUGGAGUCAGUCCAUCCCUAGAAGCCGGCGGAGAGGGCGAGCGGCUGCGGCCGAGCCCACCCGCGACCACGGGCCCGCGGGCGCUGGGGCGCGGAGCCCCCCACCCUCCCACCCACCCUCCCGCGGGGCGCGGAGCAGGGGCCGGCCCGGCAGCGGCCGCCGCCGGCGCCGGGGACAGCAGCCCCCCGUGUCGCGACAGGGGCUCCGUUCUGGCGGAGGAAACCCGGGGCAGGGCGGGUGAACAGCUGCUGCGAUGACAGGCGGAGACUGAGGAGCGUUUGGAGCUUUCUGUCCUGACACAGUGUUUUGCAUGUUUCUAACUUUCUCCAUUUAGGAAAGCUUAAAAGCCACACCUUUUUCCAUAAGACGGAGAACAAAAAGUCACCUGUUUCGACUAGUGGAUAUCUGGAGAAGUGGAAAUUCACUACAAUUAUCCAAUCCAAUAAACAGGAAGUGACAACCAGUAGGACACCUGUCCACUGUGGGUAAACUUAGCACAUUAUUGCUGUUUCUGCAUCAAAGGAAGAUUUUCUCAUGUGAUUUUGCCCUCUAGCUGAGCAAGAGACACACUGACAAACAUGCCUGAGCAAAGCAAUGAUUACAGGGUUGUUGUGUUUGGAGCUGGAGGAGUGGGCAAAAGUUCUUUGGUCUUGAGAUUUGUGAAGGGCACUUUCAGAGAGAGCUACAUCCCUACCAUUGAAGACACCUAUCGACAGGUGAUCAGCUGUGAUAAGAGCAUAUGCACGUUGCAGAUAACUGACACUACAGGAAGCCAUCAAUUUCCAGCCAUGCAACGUCUUUCUAUUUCUAAAGGACACGCUUUCAUUUUGGUUUACUCUAUCACCAGCCGACAGUCCUUGGAGGAACUCAAACCGAUCUAUGAACAAAUAUGUCAGAUUAAAGGAGACGUAGAAAGCAUUCCAAUAAUGCUGGUGGGGAACAAAAAUGAUGAAAACCAAAAUCGAGAGGUGGACAGCAGUGAAGGAGAAGCCAUGGCUAAGAAGUGGAAAUGUGCCUUCAUGGAGACCUCUGCCAAGCUGAACCACAACGUGAAAGAGUUAUUCCAAGAAUUGCUCAACCUAGAGAAACGCAGGACUGUGAGUUUACAAAUUGAUGGCAAAAAAAGCAAGCAGCAGAAAAGGAAAGAGAAGCUGAAAGGCAAAUGUGUGGUGAUGUGAAAUUGCACUGUCAGAAGUCAGUCGUGCAAUCUCACCUGUCUGACAAUACCUGUGUAAAACCUAUAGAGAGCAAACAACCAUGCAAGACCCUAUUUAUUAGAAUCUGAUUUAAAAGAAAUAUUUGGAAUUCAAAAAAAAAAGAGUUACUGUUGUUAAUAUGAAAAAAGCCAACAUUUUAAAAACCAUGUAGUCUAGCUAUAAGUGAAAAAAAAAUCAAGAAUUGAAAGAAAGAUAGGCCAGGAUAUGUAAUUUUGUAAUUUACAAGAGAAAAUAGAUUUCAUCCUUAGCAUAAUGUGAAAGAUUUAGAAAGUCAACUUCGUAUUAUUUACAUUUGCAUAUAACUACAAGAGAAGGCAAUGUAUAACGUUAGAAGAAAAACAAAUAAAUGGCUGUGAAGAAACCUAGAACAUAUAAAUGCAUGCUGGGUGGUGUUAUCAUGUCCUUUAAAAAUGCUAUGGACAAACAAUUCUGUGCAAUUUUCAUUACCGACUGGUGGGGCAGCAUGCAUAAAUUAGUCUUGGAUCUGCCAAAUAAACAAACGUUUUCACACUAGAAGGAAGUGUGGGGGUAGCACAGUUAAAAGGAACAGAUAUUCCCUCUACCCCCCAGCAUGAGAUUGUUUUUCCAGGAUGAUGCGGUGUUUGAACUGAAGGAUGAGGAAAAGCCAGCCCCUGUAGGAGAGGUGGAGAUCAUCUCCAUUUCUGGACCCAUCGCUUCAAGAAUGAGCUGUGCUUCUGGCCCCAGUAUAUUUCAGAAGAGCAGAGGUUUGCCUGUGGAGAAUGUCAGAUUGUAUAAAAAAUGGUGUAUAUAUACAAACAGCAAGUUUCACCAGGGAGGACUGGCUGGGCACUCCCCUACAAAAGUCUGUGGUAAAGUCUCAGUUCAAAUGCUGCUGAUGGUUAAAUGAACACAUGGUGUGAUUAGUGAAUGAAUGGAAGCCCUGUUGAACCAGUUGUACCCCUGGAGAGGGGUCAGUGUAGUAUACAAAGUUUUUAUUCAAAUUACCAGAUUAGCUGAGUGAAAUGUCUUUACAUUAUUAUAUUCCAAUUAGGAUAGUUUUGCAUUCAUGCACUACUAGAUCUAUUGCCUUUAUAUUGUCUGAAGGGUUUUAUAUUUUCCAUCUAAACUCAUGAUUUGAACUGUUGUGACUAUUUAUAGAACCAAAUCCUGUAUCUAGAGUUAGGGCCCACAAGAGUCCCUAAAAUAAGAUUUGCGGGGAUAAAUACUACAGGAUUUGGUAUAUUAAGAGUUGCAGUCAGUACUGUGUUACAAUGCAAUACAAAGUUCAGAAUAGAAAAAAAAAGGUAUAAACCACUCUGUCAGGGGAAACAGCUCUUCUCAAAACCUUUGAGAGGGGAAAAAGUGUACAAAAUGGGAGCUCUUCUGGAUCUCUUUCCGAAGCUUUUUUAAAAACUAAUAUGUGAAUGAGUAAAGUGUGUAUCCUACUGAUAACAGAGACCACCUAAGAUAAAAGAAGCACAUACAUUUUUUAAAGGACACAUCAAAAUUGUAUAAGCUACAAUUUGCACCUUAGGAGCUGCUUUGAAAUAACAAGAACAAACCACCAUAUUUUUGGUAAAUGUUUAUGUCAAAAUCAUACUAUGGGAAAUGAAGCCAAGUACUAGUAUUAUUAGCAUGCAUGCUGUUCCAUAAUAAAUAUCUUCUAGGAGCUGUUCAGAUGCAGUAUUUGCAUUAAAACUUGUUACCUUGUUCCGCUCAGAGUUAUUGCGUGUUUACCUUCCACCUUUCAAAAAAAGUGUAAACGUUUCACAGGUAGUGUGAUAGUAUACAUUUCUUCGAGCAAGAAUUGCUAUCAGCACUGUCUAGAAAGGAGCACAACUUUUCACAUUCACUCAGAAAAAAUUCUGGCACCAUUAAAAUCAAGCAUGAAACUGCUACUGAUUUCAAAUAAGACAGAAUUUUGUGUGUUUACUUCGUUAGAAGAGAAAUUUGGUGAGAGCAUGAAAAAAAGAUAAAGCUCUCCCUUAAGAAUAAAUUCCUGGUUGUUACGCAAAGUUUUUUCUCCAUAAGUCUCAAAACACUUUACAAAAAAGACAGUACCAUUAUCUUAACUUCUCAGGUGGUGAAAUUGAGGCAUGAAGAGAAGAAGCAACUGCACAUAGGUUACCCAGCAGGUUAGCGGCGGAGAUGGGAACAAAAGUAGAUCUCAGUCCCAGUCCAAUGCUCAUUCUGUUCGGUCGGACUGUCUCUUCACAUUCUGACACAGUUUCUAGAGCACAUAAAGAAAACUAGUAUGGUUUAUACUGUUAAAUGCAUGUCCUUCUUGUUAGUCUGUCAAUAGUUCAAGCACUAAUUCCAGAUCAGGGACACAAAACAUGUAAAACCACUACAUUUAGUAAGACUUUUAUAAAUGUUUAUACAUCUACUCUGUUUAUAAGCAAACAGCUGAUGAUGCUCAUCUUCACAGCAUUGGAUUCCACUAAUGAAACUGGAAAACCAAAAGAAUGAUCACACUUAAGAAGUAAUGAGUCAUGUACAGAGGUCAGCAGUAAAGAGGUCUCCCACUGAUGCUAACACACCGGUGCCAAAGGUUAUCAUGCAUGGCAUAUGCCUCAGCAACCAGCAUGGAAUAAUGAUAGAAACUCAAAAUAAAAAAGGCCAUAUAAAUACAAACAUCCUUUUAACAUUAAUAGUUUAACUGGAGGAAUCAUUUUCAUGAUAAAUAAUCUUGUAGAAGUAGAAUAUAGGGGAUCUGAAUUACUCAAAAGGACUUCAAGAAUAUUACAGGCUGAAAUUUGGCCCUGGACUUCUUCUGAAUGUACCUCAUAGCAAGAAAAGAGCGAUUGUAUGGCAAAGGUGGAAAUAAAGCAAGCAGCUACCAGGUGUUAGGCUCGAGGACCAAUUCCUUUAAUUCCCAGUUAAUUCCUCACCUGCUACAUAAUAAGCCAUGAAUUAUUUCAUGGACUUGCAUGUAUCGAAGCAAGGCCAGGACAGAAGCAAUAUUACUCAUGGACCACAGACUCGAAAGAGAACAUAUUUUAUACCCUUGCAUUGUCAUCCUAGUUUAUACUACUAUAUUUUACAUAUCUUGCAUACUUGUGAGCUGGUUUAAAACAUUUGUUUUGCUCUUACUUAUAUAUAUAUUUUUUUUUAAAUACAGGAAAAAGCCUGUAACAUAAAUUAAAAAAAUAUACAGAUUUGUUACAUUUUGUGUUCUAUUUGGGAAUGUGAUAGCAGUAUAAUAAACUCUUUAAAAUGUACAGAAAAAUAUGACAUAUUUAAAACUUGUAAGAUCUGCAGUGAAUUUUUGCACCCAGAGAACCUGUUCUAGACAAAAUGACUCUUUACAACGCAUGAAUUUUAUAUGUAUAUAUGAAAUAUUAAGAUAUAUAGUUAUAAUGAAAAUGUGUUGUUGCAAUUUCAUUAGAAAAUAUUUUAUUCAGAAACUCUGGAUAUGAAUUCAUUUGUGCCUACAAGUUUCUAUGUUUCUGGUGAUGUUCUGAACAUACAAAAUAAAGUUUUGAAUUCAAACACAA